AUGUUGUUUUUCUCAUUCUUGUCCUGUAACUCAUUGUCUUGCUGCCUCAACAGCCAGGUAAGCCCUAAUCCUACAAAUCAGAUCUGUACAAGCCUGGAGGACGUCCAGGAUGAAAUCGUCAACGUUCACAAUGCGUUUCGGAGAGCGGUCGUUCCAACCGCCAGCAACAUGCUUAAGAUGAACUGGAGUGAGGAAGUGGCCACAUCGGCUCAGGAUUGGGCGAACACCUGCGCGAUGGCGCACGGCCCACCCAGCAGCCGCAUGCUCGGAUCAUAUCAGAUGGGUGAAAACCUGUUCAAAAGCUCUGAGUUGUUGCCGUGGACUGAUGUCGUGACAGCAUGGCACAACGAAGUGGCCAAUUACAACUAUCCCACAGGGUCCGCCAACGGGAAAGAAAUCGGCCACUACACACAGGUGAUCUGGUUCAGCUCGUAUGAGGUCGGCUGCGGUGUGGCGAAGUGCGGGAAUGACUAUUUCUACGACUGCCAAUACUAUCGAGCAGGGAAUUACAGAAGAGUGCCACCGUACUCACUGGGAGAACCCUGCUCGGCCUGUCCGCAAGCUUGUGACAACAAACUAUGCACCAAUCCUUGCCCUUACGUCAACACGUUCGCCAAUUGCCCCGCCUUGAAAAAACAGGGCCCGUGUAGCGACUACCUGCAAAAAUGGUGCUCGGCUCAGUGCUUCUGCACCACCGAGAUCAUUCCUACUAAUUAGAAAAGGAUGACAGGAACUGCUGCGAUUAUCCAGGCUGCAUUACAAAUCUCCAAAACUCGCAGACUUCCCCUCAUCGUUUCCUCUGAAGCAAUCGAGACAUUGAUAUACUUUAUUGAAUUCUAUAACAGACUGUGUGAUAACGUGUUCUCCAUGAAGAUCCUCUAACUAUACAUCUACGUUUAAAGAAUUGAACUAUGUUGUGCUUUAUGUUAUCAUUAAGAAUAAUUCAGAAUGGUUUGCUUUAUUAUCAUAUGUGUGUAGAGACUCGGUAAACACUCACGCAUAAAACUAACAAUCCACCCUGUACGACUUGCACAUUAAUCUUUAGCGUUAAAAUGUGAUCUUCGGCAGUGUACAAUAUAUAUUUUGUAAGAAAUCCUGGCUUAACUUUUAAACUUUCAUUGAUAUCUUGGUCUACUUUGCUUAAUGGCUUCCGAUGUUACACACAACGCAGUUCGACUACCUACUGAUAUUUGUGCAGUGGGAUUUAGCCCUCGCUUCAUCUCUACCUAAAGGGAGCGAUGCAGCGGCACUUUAGUCCUUUAGUCUGUCCAGCUCUGUCACUUCUUCAUUUGUACACUCUGCUCAAACAGCUCAGCUUCCAAAAGCUUCAGCUUUCAUGCUCAUACCACCAUCGAUGCUAUCAUGCUCUUCAUCUGGGUGGAGUUUUCCUUUAAGUCCUUGAUUCCAAACUAAGACUACAGGUGGUCCAGAAAUGAUAUCGGUUUUCCAGGCCACUCAGUCGAAAUAAUACAUGUGAGUCGUACAAUUGAAACAGAAUGCAGCAGAGUCGAUGUAAAUGAUGCGAAUGCAAAUUGCGAAUGCAAAAAACAAUGAUUUCCUUCAAAUGUGUCGAAGGAUGGAAUGUGGCGUAAGUAAUUAUAUGCAAGAACAUUUUGUUCAACGUGAAGUGGGUUAUUACUGUGUAAUUGGGGUAUAAUAAUAUAUUGUACUACAGCAGAUAUCCAGCAGAUGGCGGUAUUGCGCAAUAAUAGGACUCAGGGGUUCAUUACGGUAAACAUUUGAUGACUGUUGUCUUUUUGGUUGCUUACUUCAUUCCUUUCUUAUAUUAAACUGUGACUCUACUGACAAAAAUGCAUGUUGUAUGAACGUUUCAUUUUGACUGGACCUGGAAAAUAAGUGCCCUCGCACUGAGACUUUAUAUCCACAUUUACAAACAGAAGAAAUAUUGAAGUGUGUUAAAUUUUUCCACAAUAUUUACCUCACAUUUUAAAUCUUUGCGGUCAUUAAGGGUAUUUUUUUAUGUUCUAAGGGGUUCACAAACUUUUUG